AUGAAGACAAACAGAUUACCCUUCUGCUGCUGCUAUCUUUGGUUGGUUUUCACAGCAUUGAUCUUCAGAGCUGUAGAAUCAGCACAUGGAAAAUAUGCUCAGAUGCUGUUUAAUGAACUGUUUGAAGACUAUUCAAAUGCUCUAAGACCAGUGGAAGAUACAGAUACAGUACUGAAUGUUACUCUUCAGAUCACGUUGUCCCAAAUUAAAGAUAUGGAUGAAAGAAACCAAAUUUUGAUUGCCUACUUAUGGAUUCGACAAAGCUGGUAUGAUGCAUAUCUCAAGUGGGACAAAGACAAAUAUGAUGGGUUAGAUUCUAUCAGGAUUCCUAGCAAUCUCGUAUGGAGACCAGAUAUUGUCCUGUAUAACAAGGCCGAUGACGCCUUUUCAGACCCAGUGAAUACAAAUGUUGUGUUGAGAUAUGAUGGAAAAAUUACUUGGGAUGCACCAGCUAUAACAAAGAGCUCAUGUGUGGUGGAUGUGUCUUAUUUUCCCUUUGAUAGUCAGCAGUGCAACCUUACCUUUGGUUCCUGGACCUACAAUGGUAAUCAGGUUGACAUCAUUAAUGCACUGGACAGUGGAGACCUAUCUGACUUUAUAGAAGAUGUGGAGUGGGAGAUUCAUGGCAUGCCAGCUAUUAAGAAUGUAAUUAUGUAUGGCUGUUGCUCUGAGCCUUAUCCAGAUGUUACAUUCACACUCAUUUUGAAGAGGAAGUCUUCCUUUUAUAUAUUUAACCUGCUGCUCCCUUGUGUUUUGAUAUCUUUUUUGGCUCCACUGGGAUUCUACCUUCCUGCUGACUCUGGAGAAAAAGUGUCUUUAGGCGUUACAGUUCUCCUAGCGUUGACUGUAUUUCAGCUAAUGGUUGCAGAAAUCAUGCCUCCUUCAGAAAAUGUACCCUUGAUAGGCAAAUAUUACAUAGCAACUAUGACAAUGAUCACUGCCUCCACUGCACUGACAAUCAUCAUAAUGAAUAUUCAUCACUGUGGAUCAGAAGCAAAACCUGUUCCACAAUGGGCCAGGGUGGUUAUUUUGGACUAUAUGUCAAAAAUUUUUUUUGUUUAUGAUGUGGGUGAGAAUUGCAUAAGUCCACAAAGGGAGAAAGAUCAAGAACAUAAAUUAAGAAAGGAUAAGUAUCAGAAAAGACAAGACAGAUAUGAAGAGGUAAGGAAUCAACUUUCCAGGAACAGAAACAAUGACAGUGACCUCAAGAAGCAGCUGAAUGGACCUAUAAAUAAAAGCUAUGGAAUUCAGUGUGAAAAUGCAAAGGAUGGUGUCAACUGCUGUUCUUGCUAUAAAAUACUGAUAAAAAAUAUUGAAUAUAUUGCUAAUUGUGUUAGAGACCACAAAGCAAACCGUGCUAAAGGGAUCGAGUGGAAAAAAGUAGCAAAAGUGAUGGACAGAUUCUUCAUGUGGAUUUUUUUUAUUAUGGUAUUUUUUAUGAGCAUGCUGAUCAUUGGUAAAGCAGUUUAA